GGCCGCGGCGACGGCGGCAGGAGCGCGUCCCGGCGCCGCCUGGGGCUGCGCUCGGCGCGCGGACUGUGAGGAGGAGGCGAGCGAGGCUGGCGCGGGGUCGGCGGCCGGACGCAUGGCUUAGGACGCCCCGCCGCCGCGCCCCAGCAUGGGGAAACUUCACUCGAAGCCGGCCGCCGUGUGCAAGCGCAGGGAGAGCCCGGAAGGUGACAGCUUUGCUGUGAGCGCUGCUUGGGCAAGGAAAGGCAUCGAGGAGUGGAUCGGGAGGCAGCGCUGUCCAGGCAGCGUCUCAGGACCCCGACAGCUGAGAUUGGCAGGCACUGUUGGUCGAGGCACCCGGGAGCUCGUGGGUGACACUUCCAGAGAGGCGCUUGGUGAGGAGGACGAGGACGACUUCCAGCUAGAAGUGGCUCUACCACCUGAGAAGACCGACAGCCUGGUCAGUGGAGAUGAGAAGAGAAUGGAGAAACUGAGUGAGCCUGGCCCUGGCUCCAAGAAGCAGCUGAAAUUUGAAGAGCUUCAGUGUGACGUUUCUGUGGAGGAGGACAGCCGACAGGAAUGGACUUUCACUCUGUAUGACUUCGACAACAAUGGCAAAGUCACCCGUGAGGACAUCACCAGCUUGCUGCACACCAUCUAUGAGGUGGUUGACUCCUCUGUGAACCAUUCACCCACAUCGAGCAAGACACUGCGGGUGAAGCUCACUGUGGCCCCUGAUGGAAGCCAGAGCAAGAGGAGUGUCCUUUUCAACCAUACUGACCUGCAGAGCACGAGGCCCCGAGCGGACACCAAGCCUGCUGAGGAGCUUCGUGGCUGGGAGAAGAAGCAGCGAGCCUCUCUCAGGUUCCAAGGUGACAGCCACCUGGAGCAGCCGGGCUGCUACCACCAUUGUGUGGAUGAGAACAUCGAGAGGAGAAACCACUACCUGGACCUGGCAGGGAUAGAGAACUACACAUCUCAGUUUGGACCCGGCUUCCCUUCAGUGGCCCAGAAGUCAGAGCCGCCCCCUCGAAUCUCCAACCCCACUCGCUCUCGCUCCCAUGAGCCAGAAGCCGCUCACAUCCCACACCGGAGGCCCCAAGGUGUGGACCCCGGCUCCUUCCACCUCCUUGACACCCCAUUUGCCAAGGCGUCAGAGCUCCAGCAACGGCUCCGGGGUACUCAGGAUGGGAGCAAGCACUUUGUGAGGUCUCCCAAGGCCCAGGGCAAGAACAUGGGAAUGGGCCACGUGGCCAGAGGUGCAAGAAGCAAGCCUCCGCUGGUGCCCACCACCCACACUGUGUCCCCCUCUGCCCACUUGGCCACCAGCCCAGCCCUCCUCCCCACCCUGGCACCCCUGGGCCACAAGAAGCACAAGCAUCGAGCCAAGGAGAACCAGGCAAGCUGCCGGGGCCUGCAGGUCCCACUGGCUGCAGGCGGUGCCACCGUCGUGGGGCGGGAGCAGGUGAGGGAGCUGCCUGCUGUGGUGGUGUAUGAGAGCCAGGCUGGGCAGGCUGUCCAGAGACAUGAGCACCACCACCACCACGAACAUCACCACCACUACCACCACUUCUACCAGCCCUAAACCCCACCAGGCCACCACAUGAAGGACCCACCCCCACGCCUCAAGGCAUUAUUAUUCUAUUAAUUAUUGUUAUUAUGACAAUUAUUGUUAUUAAUAAUUAUUGUUACUCCACUAAUAUUUAGCUAGCCUUCAUGUAGAAGAUAUAUGGAAACACAGAACUAAACUUUUAUUUAUAUGUUGUGGGGAUUAUAUAACUCACCCGAGAAGUGACUGGGUUUGGAAGGGUCCUUGGGCCACCCCAGCUGCAGGGCCCUCGCAGAUCUUCCCAAACCGCAGGAGCCCUCAGCCCAGCUGCCCCACUCCAGCUCUUCCAGGAGAGCACCCUUGCCUGGCUCAGCUUCAGAGACCCUCAAGAGCUCCAGAGGACAACAGCUGCUACCUCUCAGUGUUAUUCUGUUUUGACUUGGCCCUUACCUGACUGUAACGUGCCACGGGGAUCUCAGUGGACUGCCGCCGUCGUGACGAUGCCCCCCCCCUCGUGUUUCCGCACCUCAGCCUAGACACCUUAGCUGUGCUUUCUGGAGUUACUGCCUCACCUUGGCCCAAGACGGUCCCGUCCUUUUGGGGGGGGGCAUGCACAAUGUGGAAACGCCCCCUCCUCCUCCUGUGCCCCCCCUUUGCUUUUGAAGGAUGCGCCUGUGUUUAAUGGUUGUCCUUGGAGCCGCCGCCGCCUUCUUUGGGAAACUGCUCCAGAGAGAAGCAACCACAUAAAGAAGCGUGGGUUCCCAAGAUGGCACCAUUGUAUGACGGAGGGUGUGAAACCUGAGUUUGCCAUCAGCUAAUACACUUUGUGGCUCUCCAGCAGCCUUUGUAUCUCUAGGUAGAUGCUGCCUGUCCGUGUCUCUGUAUCUUUCUAGAAAUACACUCUCAGGUAUCUUUGCUGGUGUGCAGAAAUCACUGCGCUGCUCUGUGGAAGCUCCUGCAACCCAGAUGGACCCCAUGUGUCACGGGAGGGCCGCCUGUCCGAUGUCAGAGGUGAUGUCUUGGGGUUUGAAGUCUGCAGUUUUGGAGAGACUGCUUGGGUAUAGAAACUUGGAGUGGAAUGGGAGGGCACCUGAGACCCUGGGACAGGGUAUUAUUGGACAAGAGCCUAGGGAGACCAGAAAAAGACCAUUGUCACAUAGUUGGAGCCCCUAUGUAAACAGAUUACAAUCCCAGGUUGAGUAACUUGAGGAGGGCUAGACAAGGUCAACACUGUCCACACUGGAGCAAAGGUAAAGAGACAGCAGAGCCCGGACCAGCGCUAAGCUACCCCUGUACCUGAAAGGUGAGGAUCGAAAGGCACCUACGAGCGGAGACCUCCAUUCAGGGAAUGUAGCCGGUUGUGUGGGACCCCCAGGGGUGGAUGUCCUGGCUCCCUCCCCUGCCUCUUCCCCAUCCUUCUGUAGUGGCAUCUGCUGAAGGUCUUGGGAGGGAGGAGCAGUUGCAUGGGCUUUUAUUCUCGAGGGCCUGGAGAGAGUCUGACCCCAGAAGGAGAUGAUCGCAGCUGUCCGUCUGCCCCUCUGUCUCCUGUGGUUAGCAUGGUUGGUAAGCAUGUACUUCUGAAGGUAGUGAGCAUUGGCUGUUUUUAUGGUGUUGAUUUUCCUGGUUGCUUGGGACUGGUUGAUGCAAUCCUCAAGACAGCACUAUGAGGCAACAGGAAGUAGAAAUCCAAGGACUGCAUCUGAGGCCCAGAGUGGCCACGAACCCACUGGGGACACACACACACACACACACACACACACACACACACACACACACACACACACGGUAGGUGGCAGUGCUGGGUCCUCCUUGUCAGGAUCCCUAACACUAUGAAGGACUUGAGCCCUGGCUUUUCCUCGCAUGAAGCUCUCCAUUUCUGUUUGACUAGAAUCCAGCUCACCGGAGGUGACUGUAACCAAACUAAAUAGGCAAGGCAUUAUGGGAGCUGGCUUCGAGAUGACAGGAUCCAGUAUGAACGAAACAGUUUUCGUCCCUGGGUCGGCCCGUGUCAGCAGGCCUGAGCUACUGGCAUUCUGGGUCCAGGACCAGGAGGAAAGGACUCUCUAGGAGACAAAAGCCCGGUGGGGGGUGGGAGGGUGGACUGGGUUUGGAUAAGGUAGUCAGCCCUGGACCAAUCAGCAUGUCCCACCUGGUGUGCGCCCACUUACCACAGGAGGCCGGGUCAGCACUAAGGACAGCGGGUGUGUGUGUGUGUGUGUGUGUGUGUGUGUGUGUGUGUGUGUGUGUGUGUGUGUAGCAAACAACAAAACAAACCCUAUGGCCUCCAGGCCCAAAGCUGCCACAAGCAGUGAUGCCCAGGGGGUGGGAGCUGGCUGUAUGACAGGACGCGGCCUGGGGAAGGAGGUCCCCUGCUGCCCCAGGAUUUUCUCACUUCUUGCUAACUUUUCAAAGACGCUUACAAAAAUAGUACCGUGUUCACCCGUAAAAGCCCUUGGAAGCUUAGAGUAACAGGUAACCCAGCAGGCUCCACCCCAGCAUCCAUGUCCAGAUGCCCUCCAGGACCGUGGGUGCAGUGUGGUGGUUGGGACAUAGGCUGGUGCCAGGCUGCAGGACUCGAGGCCUGACUCCCUUUCCUCCCAGCAUGUACUACUGCAAGUGAAAUGCUAUGCCUUGGUUCCUCCCUUGUGAGCACUAUCCAGAUGCUAGCUGUUUUCAUGACUAGAAUAAAUGCAUUUUAUAGAAUA